AUGGACUUAUUACUAAAGAAUCACAAGGGACAAUUUAUGGAAAGGGUUAAUUUUCCAUUAGAUGCAACAGUAGACGAUUUUAAAACAUUCUUUUAUGAAAAACACCGCUUCUAUCCAGAAAGACAAAGAUGGACAGUAAACUCAAUUACGGGACCCAGACUAACUGGGAGAAAGUUAUCGGACAACGGAGUGGUGGACGGAACUUCCUUGUAUUUUAAGGACCUCGGAGUUCAAAUUUCAUGGAGACUAGUUUUUUUCAUAGAAUACCUAGGACCGCUCUUUAUUCUCCCGCUCCUAUACUUCUUCCCAUCCUUCUUCUACAAACCCGAACCACUCAUCAGAUAUUGCUCACAAAAGUGUGGAUUUAUUAUGCUAAUGUUCCACUUUUUGAAGAGAGAGUUUGAAACCUUUUUCGUUCACAGAUUUUCCAAGGAAACCAUGCCAAUUAAAAACCUUUUCACCAAUUGCUUCCACUACUGGGUUCUAUGCGCAGUUGGAAUAGGAUAUUAUCUAUUCCACCCUCACUACAGGCCUGUGCUAUUUUUUACCAGGGGAGCCGAAAAGAUCGUUUUAUUUGUGCUCUUCUUCGUAUUUCAGUUCAUGACCUUCAUGACUCAUGUAACUCUAUGUAGAUUACGUCCUAAAGGAACAACAGUUAGAGGAAUUCCCAAGAGUUGGGGCUUUCAAUACGUCUCCUGCGCCAAUUACUUCUGGGAACUCUUAAUUUGGGUGGAUAUUGCACUGUUCGUUAACACCCUCACAGGCUACUUCUUUGCCUUCGCAGUCUUAUUAAUUCUAGCCAGUUGGGCCAAGAAGAAACACAAGAAGUACCUCAAGGAGUUCCCAGAUUACCCCAAAGAUAGAAAGGCAUUGAUACCCUUCUUAUUUUAA